GAGAAGCCGGCCGGAAUGGUCGCGCGGGCCCGUCCCCUGCGUCUGGACUCCUCGUCCUACAGCCGGCCGUCUGACCCGGACCCUCCCUGAUCUGGUGGCGCUGGGCAACCGAGAAAGAGGAUGUGUCUCUUACCGGCGUUGGGCCCUGGCCGCCCGGACAGUAUAACAAGAGGAUCACCUGACCACGCCGAGAUGCAGAGCACUUCUAAUCAUCUGUGGCUUUUAUCUGAUAUUUUAGGCCAAGGAGCUACUGCAAAUGUCUUUCGUGGAAGACAUAAGAAAACUGGUGACUUAUUUGCUAUCAAAGUAUUUAAUAACAUAAGCUUUCUUCGUCCAGUGGAUGUUCAAAUGAGAGAAUUUGAAGUGUUAAAAAAACUCAAUCACAAAAAUAUUGUCAAAUUAUUUGCUAUUGAAGAGGAGGUAACAACGAGACAUAAAGUACUUAUUAUGGAAUUUUGUCCAUGUGGAAGUUUAUACACUGUUUUAGAAGAACCAUGUAAUGCCUAUGGACUACCAGAGUCUGAAUUUUUAAUUGUUUUGCGAGAUGUGGUGGGUGGAAUGAAUCAUCUCCGAGAAAAUGGCAUAGUUCACCGUGAUAUUAAGCCAGGAAAUAUCAUGCGUGUAAUAGGGGAAGACGGACAGUCUGUGUACAAACUCACAGAUUUUGGUGCAGCUAGAGAAUUAGAAGAUGAUGAGCAGUUUGUUUCUCUGUAUGGCACAGAAGAAUAUUUGCAUCCUGAUAUGUAUGAGAGAGCAGUGCUGAGAAAAGAUCAUCAGAAGAAAUAUGGAGCGACUGUUGAUCUUUGGAGCAUUGGGGUAACAUUUUACCAUGCAGCUACUGGAUCACUGCCAUUUAGACCGUUUGAAGGGCCACGUAGGAAUAAGGAAGUGAUGUAUAAAAUAAUUACUGGAAAGCCUUCUGGUGCAAUAUCUGGAGUACAGAAAGCAGAAAAUGGACCAAUUGACUGGAGUGGAGACAUGCCUGUUUCUUGUAGUCUUUCUCGGGGUCUUCAAGUUCUACUUACCCCUGUUCUUGCAAACAUCCUUGAGGCAGAUCAGGAAAAGUGUUGGGGUUUUGACCAGUUUUUUGCAGAAACAAGUGAUAUACUUCACCGGAUGAUAAUUCAUGUUUUUUCACUACAACAAAUGACAGCUCAUAAAGUUUAUAUUCAUAGCUAUAAUACUGCUACUGUAUUCCAUGAACUGGUGUAUAAACAAACCAAAAUUAUUUCUUCAAAUCAAGAACUUAUAUAUGAAGGACGACGUUUAGUGCUAGAACCUGGAAGACUGGCACAGCAUUUCCCUAAAACUACUGAGGAAAAUCCCAUCUUUGUAGUAAGCCGGGAACCUCUGAGUACGAUAGGAUUGAUAUAUGAGAAAAUUUCCCUCCCUAAAGUACAUCCACGUUAUGAUUUAGAUGGGGAUGCCAGCAUGGCUAAGGCAGUAACAGGAGUUGUGUGUUAUGCCUGUAGAAUUGCCAGUACCUUGCUGCUUUAUCAGGAAUUAAUGCGAAAGGGGAUACGAUGGUUGAUAGAAUUAGUUAAAGAUGAUUAUAAUGAAACUGUUCACAAAAAGACAGAAGUUGUGAUCACAUUAGAUUUCUGCAUCAGAAACAUUGAAAAGACUGUGAAAGUAUAUGAAAAGUUGAUGAAGAUCAACCUAGAAGCAGCAGAGUUAGGUGAAAUUUCAGACAUACACACCAAACUGUUGAGACUUUCCAGUUCUCAGGGGACAAUCGAAACCAGUCUUCAGGAUAUUGAAAGCAAAUUAUCUCCAGGUGGAUUGCUGGCAGAUACAUGGACCCAUCAAGAAGGCACUCAUCCAAAAGAUAGACAUGUAGAAAAGCUACAAGUCCUGUUAAAUUGCAUCACAGAGAUUUACUAUCAGUUCAAAAAAGACAAAGCAGAACGUAGACUAGCUUAUAAUGAAGAACAAAUCCACAAAUUUGAUAAGCAAAAACUGUAUUAUCAUGCAACAAAAGCUAUGACCCACUUUACAGAUGAAUGUGUUAAAAAGUACGAGGCUUUUUUGGAUAAGUCAGAAGAAUGGAUGAGAAAGAUGCUUCAUCUUAGGAAACAGUUAUUAUCCCUAACUAAUCAGUGUUUUGAUAUUGAAGAAGAAGUAUCCAAGUAUCAAGACUAUACUAAUGAGUUACAAGAAACUUUGCCACAGAAAAUGUUUGCAGCCUCCAGUGGAAUCAAACAUACCAUGACCCCAAUUUAUCCAUGUUCUAACACAUUAGUAGAAAUGACUCUUGGUAUGAAGAAAUUAAAGGAAGAAAUGGAAGGGGUAGUUAAAGAACUUGCUGAAAAUAAUCAUAUUUUAGAAAGGUUUGGCUCUUUAACCAUGGAUGGUGGCCUUCGCAAUGUUGACUGUCUAUAGCUUUAUAAGAAGUUUGAGGCAAGUUUCAGUUUGCACAAGAAAAUAAUGUUGGGGCAUUAAACGAAUGCUUCUGUAGGUGGUCUCUUGUUUCUACAUUUCACUAUUUGAUGUGGUCAUGUAAAUAUGUACAAUACUGUAAAUACAUAAAAAUAUAUAAAUUUUUGGCUGCUAAGAUGUAAUUUUACUUUUUAACAUUUAUAAUUAUAUGAGGACAUUUGACCUCAGUGAGCACUGAGAAGAAAGCCAUGACCGAUACGUUGAGAUACUUACUGAUCCUCGACUCUUCUGAGUAAGGCCAGCUAAGUCAUAUAUCUCUGACUGCCUACUGGAAACAUUUUUAAGUGGAACCAAAAUUGGUGUCCUUACAAAUCAGUAAAGGUUGAUUGUUAACACGUUUAUAAGUGAUAGAAUGGAGAGGUAGCUUUUGUGAGUGGGGAGCAGAACCGAACCACUGUUUUACUAGGAUCACAGUUUUUUUGAGAAGGAUAAAGUGGCAUUAUCCCAGUUAUCCUUGUAUCUGUUUAAUUUCAGGUAAAUUAUUGAGCAAAAUUUUUUAAGUGAUUUAAUUAUUAAAAACUGUUCAUUUUUAUUUUGGCCAUAAAUGUAUAACUGUCAUAAAAAUUUUAGGAUCAUUUCAACUGUUUUAAGCUGUAUAUUUCUUCUUUACUUUAAUUCUGCUUACUACUUCAUGAAGAAGUAUCAAUAAAUUUCUCAAUUGUAAUGUGAAGAGUUUGUAUUUUUCUGUGUACAGCAGUUUGAGAAACAAAAGUUAUCUUUUGAAAAAUAAUAUGGGUGGUAAUGGUAAAUUAUCCUCAGAAAUUACACGAGGGGCAAUUUUGUGACUCUUAUAAACCCACUGAUUCCAAGUUUCGUAGAAGUUCUUUCAUAAAUUCAUAAAUGUAUGCUAUACAAAUCCAAAAGGAGCCUUCUCUUUGAAAAAUGUACACAGAGUUCUAGACUAAAGGAUUGUGCUCAGUGAGAAAUUAUUUUGCCCAAGAAGGAUUUGGUUUUAGUUUUGCUUUCUGACUUCUUAGAUGACUGAAGUAUGAUCAUGUACAACCUGUAUAUCAUAAAGAGAUCAUGUCCUAAGUAGUAAAUAAAUUUGGCUGUCAUGAACAUUGGAAAACUGAAAACGGAUUAGGAUGUUAUUUGAAAUCUCAAAUUGAUGCAUCAUUGUAGUAGGGAAUUUUAAGUGUCACAUGUAUACAUUAUAAAAAUAAAUGUAUGGGUCAAUGACAUUACUUUUAUAAAUACAGUUAUCCCCUGUCAAAAACUGUUUAGUCUGAGAGUGUAUGGGGCAAGGGGGUAUUUAAUCCCUUUUAAUUUUAAUUUUCUAUUUGACCAUCUGACAUCAGUGUCUAAUUGUGUAGUUUAAAUGUUUAUAUCACUGAACACUAGGUAAAAUUUUACUUAAAUUAUGUGAUCAGUUAAUAUAUUUGCAGAUUUCAUUUUUAUUUAAGCACCUCUAGAAAAGAACACCAGUAAACAAACGCUUGCUGUGGGGAUUGUAUAUGUGUAAGUUAUACUGGUAAGAACAGUUCUGUUCCACACUAGUAUUAAUUAAGACUAACUGUUGUAUUCCCCAUUACAGCAACAUGUAAAUCAAGCACUCUUGCUUUCAAUAUUUUACCCUCAAGAAUGCAUCCUCAUUCAAAACACCUUAUGUCAGUAAAUACAUGGUGACAUUGGUCUGCUAACCAAAUUUUCAGAGUUACUAUGUAAGUGAAAUUAGCUUUAAAAUAAGUUGCAUCUCUAGUUUACUAGCUUUUUUUUUUUCAAUAUUGGGAUAUAUUUCCAAAAGACAGGGAUUAAAAAUAUUAUAUGUAACAAGUAGAAGAGUUAAUGGAUUUAACUCAUUUUUUUUGAUACUGUCUCUUCUUUUUUAAUUGAUAUAAAGUUGAUGCAAAAUAUUAUAUGUUACAAGUGUACAAUAUAGUGAUUCACAAUUUUUAAAGGUUAUACUCCAUUUACAGUUGUUAUAAAAUAUUGUAUAUUCCUUGUAUUAUACAAUAUAUCCUUGUAGCUUAUUUUAUACAUAGUAGUUUAUACCUCUUAAUCCCCCACCCCUAUCUUGCCCCUCCCUGCUUCCCUUUCCCCACUGGUAACCACUAGUUUAUUCUUUCUGUAAGUCUGUUUCUUUUUUACUGUAUUUACUAAUUUGUUGUAUUUUUUAGAUUCCACAUAAAAGUGAUGU